AUGGAGCUUACUAUCAACAUUAAUUUUCUUCAUUCGCUUACUUUAGCGACUUCACUUGCGUUCAUUGCUUUUGGCAUCCGCCGAUUAUGGGCUCUGCGUUAUGAGUCGGCGAAAGUAGAGCCGAAUUGGCUCGGUGUUAUUAAACCCCUCGUAGCCUCAGCUCUUACUCUGUUGCUGCUCAAUGACUUGGUCCAAGAUUUGCUACACGGCAAUAAAGAAUGGCUGCGAAUCGAGUCGUGUGGCGCAUCGUUGGCUGCAUCAGCUGGCCUGGUCUGGUUGACGAUUGCUGAGCAUAAGCGGUCCAUCCGCCCUUCCAGCUUGAUUGUGCUCUACUUGCUGCUAAUGUCUACUUGGGACGUCUUCGCAUUGACUUACAAUGGACUUUUGGAUGAUCGGAAUGCCUCCAAAGGCAGCAUAGCCCUCGGACUCGCGAUUCGGCUCGCGAUACUGACCCUUGAGUGCCAGGAAAAGACAUCCAUCAUGAAACCAAAACAUCGCCAACGUUCUCCCGAAGAAACAGCCGGAUUGUUGAGCUCUCUCCUAUUUUGGUGGCUGAAUGGGCUGUUGAGUCGCGGAAAUAGGAGCAUUCUGCGUGGCAGCCAUCUUCCUGCCCUGGAGAAGAAGAUGGAAGCUGAGAGUCUGCAUCGUGGUAUCCUAUUAUCUUGGGAUCGUAGAGGUAUGCUUAACUUUCGUAGCAGGGUCCCAUGGGGCUUGGAUUUCCUGAUGUUCCUUUUUGUUCUGACUCGGUGCAACAGCAAAACAAGAGACAAUCUUGACGCUGCCGAAAGCCUUGUUGCAGUUCAGCCGAUUUUAAUCGAACAGGCCGUUCGCUUUGUCCAGGGAUAUACAAAUGAAGACAGCGGCCACGUAGGAUAUUGGCUAAUAGUCGCCGCUAUCGUUGUCUACUUGGGCCAGACCUUUUCCGCCUCAAUGUAUUAUAAUCGUCUCAACAAGCUUGAGCUUAUGAUGCGUGGAUGCCUUACGACAUUAAUCUACAAUAAAGCAUUGACCAUUGGAUCAAACGUCUCCGAUACGGGCAGAGUAAUAACGAUUAUGAGCACAGAUGUUGAUGGCGCAGCAGAAGCAGGACAAAUGCUUCAUGAAGCCUGGGCAAAGUUUUUUGAGCUUGUAAUCGGUGUGAUUCUUCUGGUCCGAGAAAUCAAAUGGCUUGCUCCGCUUCCAUUCGUCAUAAUCAUUUUCUGUUCUCAAAUCAGCCGUUAUGUGGCGCAGAAUAUCCGAUCUAGACAAAAGGGUUGGAGUACGGCCACUCAACGGCGGAUAUCAGCCUUGAGCCCAAUUCUCAUGUCUAUGAAGAGUGUCAAGGCACUGGGGGUAUCAGACGCCAUGAUGAAAUAUGUCGACCGUCUCAGGCAAGAUGAGAUCAAAAGCGCCAACAACGUCCGUUAUAUGAACGCUGUGUACAAUGCAAGCGCCAAUGCGCUUGGAAUUUUUGCACCUGCACUUACUCUGGUGGUGUUUGCUAUUGUGGCUCGCCUUCAGGGUUCCCAGAUGGAUGUUAGCACCGCUUUUACAACUGUUGCCAUUUUGGCACUCGUAACAGAGCCUGCAAACAUGAUUAUGACGAUUGUACCCAAGGCGUUUGCCACUUCGGCUAAUUUUGAGAGAAUACAAGCUUACCUACUAGAGCCAUCUCGAAUAGAUCAGCGCCAAAUCAGUUCUCGGCUGUCAGAUGUGCCUACUACAGAUAGGAUAGAGGCUGCCGGUGAUAUUGAUGGAGUAACGAUAAAGUCGCCAUCAGCAAACGAGUCUCUUUUGCAGAAUAUCGAGCUGAGACUUCGUCGGGGCUCUAUAACUGCCUGCUCGGGUGCUGUCGGUAGCGGUAAGUCGAUUCUUGCCAAGGCAAUAUUAGGUGAAAUCGUCCCUUCCGAGGGUAAGAUUACAAUUACAUCUACCUCGAUUGGGUUCUGCGACCAGCAAGCAUGGCUACCCACAGGCAAAGUCAAACAAAUAAUCUGUGGCUUCUCUACGGUUAUUGACGAGGAGAGAUACGAAGCUGCCGUUCAUGCUUGUUGCCUAGACCAUGACUUGAGUACUUUCCCCGAUGGUGACAACACCAUUGUUGGCAGUCGUGGAAUCAAUCUUUCCGGCGGACAAAGACAGAGACUAGCAUUGGCGCGCUUAGUGUAUAAUCUCCACGAUAUCGUGGUACUAGAUGACCCGUUUAGCGCAUUAGACGGCAAUACGGAGAAUGCAGUUGUUGACAAUCUGCUUGGACUAAACGGCUGGUUCAAGAAGAGAAACACGACAGUAUUUCUGGUUACAAAUUCUGCGCAACAUUUUCACGUUGCAGACGAAAUUCUGGUUCUCGAAAAGGGCCGCAUUCUAUCUCGGGGCUCGUGGGAUGAGCUGAAGACUACUUUGACCAACUUGUCUAAAUUUACAUUUACACAGACAGCUAAAAGGGCAGAGACCAUCUCAAAUGCCGCUAAAUUGAUACCGCGGCCCAGUACUGACGCUGAAGAUGAUCUCUAUCGGAAAACUGGCGAUUUCUCUCUUUACUCCUACUAUCUGAAAUCCGCUGGCUUUGGGAACGUGGCUCUGUUGCUUGGACUUACAAUAGUCUACUCAUUCUCCAUUACCUAUCCGCAGUAUUGGGUCAAAUCUUGGACAGAAGGCUCUCCAAGUGACUCGACGUAUUAUAUGAUUGGCUAUGUCUUGUUAGCUGCUACUGCUUGGGUCGCAACCAAUGGAAUGAUGUUGUCCACAUUGUUUUUGAUAGCAACGAAAUCUGGAGAAGUGCUGCACAAAUCUCUUCUUGGAACCAUCUUUGGAUUCAGUCAAGAUAUUUCCUAUGUGGAUAGGCAGCUGCCGUCAGCUCUAAUGUCCAUCUUCGUUCAAGCCUUCAAAAUGGCAAAUCAACUGGCGUUGAUCAUGGCUGUUCAGAAAGGACUGGCUCUUUCUCUCCCUGUUUGCAUCGUUGUGGUCUAUUUCGUACAGAGGAUAUACCUCAGGACAUCCCGCCAACUGCGGGUCUUGGAACUUGAGAACCAGGCGACGCUUUACCAAUGGUUUUUAGAGACGGUAGAAGGCGUCGUCACCAUACGGGCCUUUGGCUGGUCUUCUGCAGCUGAAAGGAAGAGCUUCGAAGCUCUUGACUGGUCACUUCAGCCGCGCUAUGCUCUCAUGUGCGUCCAGCGAUGGCUGAGUUUAGUGCUCAACUUGAUUGUCAGCGGAAUUGCCAUUGGUUUAAUCGCGCUCGCCGUGAAAUGGAGGGGGACGACAACUGGUGGAGAUAUUGGUGCAGCUCUCAAUCUGAUCAUGGUUGCUAAUACGACAUUGGUGCGACUGGUAGAGUUUUGGGCGUCUCUGGAGGUGUCCCUGGGUGCAAUUGCCCGACUUAGAAACGUGGAAAUGCAUACCCCUCGAGAGGAUUUGCCUGAGGAAGAUCUUGUGACGUAUGCUGGAUGGCCGACUAAGGGAGAAGUUUCUAUCGCGGAUCUUGACGCAGGUUAUAGCUCGGAUCAUCAAAUUCUACACAAGGUCAAUCUCGAUAUCCACGAAGGCCAAAAGCUCGUCAUUUGUGGUCGUACUGGCAGUGGAAAAAGUACUAUUCUUGCUGCUUUGCUGCACUUGAUUGAUUGCACUGGAACCAUCGAGGUGGAUGGGCAAGACUUGCUUCGCACUCCCAGGUCAAUUAUCCGUAAACAGUGCUUCAUAACCAUUUCUCAAGAGGCGUUCUUAAUCCCCCAAGCUACCUUGCGCUUCAACCUGGAUCCCGAUUCCAUUGUUGCUGAUGAGGUCCUCCAGACGGCUUUGCAGAAAGUUGGCAUUUGGUCACUGCUUUCUAGCAGAGAUGGGACGCCAGUAGAAGUGCUCGAUGCAGCAUUCUCAUCAUUGCCUGUGCUGUCUGUGGGACAGCAACAGCUACUUGCCAUGGCCCGUGCUAUCAUUCGCAAACAUGCUUUGGCAGUGCCGGAUUAUCCUGGAAAUGAUGCGCCGAAGCCAAUUCUCCUGCUGGAUGAGGCCACUUCGUCGCUCGAUUCAACGACCGAAGCAGCCAUUUACGAUGUGUUGGAGAGUGAGUUUAUUCAAGAAGGAUAUACAGCUGUUAUUGUGGCUCACCGGCUGAGCGUCGUUGCUGGCAGGAUGAGGCCCGAGAAGGAUAGAGUGGCUUGGGUGGAGGAUGGAAGGAUUGUAAAGGUUGGCGAGUAUGAAGAAAUAAUGCGGUUUGCGGAUACAGAGUAG